AUGUUGGUUCCCAAGAGUGUCACUGAAAAGUUUCAAGGUACCUUUCCCCAGGUAAUCGCAGCAGUCUCAGGAACUAUCUCGGCUGUUUCGGAUGGCAUGCAAUACGGCUGGACAGCUCCAACCAUCCCCAUCCUCCUCGCAGAAGACUCGCCCCUACGAAUCACAACAUCCCAAGCAGAAUGGCUAGAAUCCAUCCUGAUGAUCGGCGCUUGCUGCGGUCUACCCCUCACCAUGUACCUCGUGGACAAAAUAGGGAGAAAGAAGUCGAUGAUAACCUCUUCCAUAACCACCCUUCUAGCAUGGACCGUCAUGGCGUUCACUCCAAGGAUAGAAUACAUCUAUGUAGCUAGAUUUUGUGCGGGUAUGGCAGGAGAUAUGGCUUUCGUUGCAGCACCGAUGUAUAUAGCAGAAAUAGCCGAUCAGAAGAUACGCGGCUUCUUGUCAAGCCUGAUAUACGUGAUGAUGCUCACUGGUAUACUGCUUCUCUACUGUAUAGCUCCGUUCGUCCCCCUUUGGACGCCUUGUGUGAUGGCUAUAUCUAUGAAUUUAAUAGGACUAGCUAUCUACCCUUUUCAGCCCGACUCACCCUACUAUCUUCUCUACAAGAACGAACCAGAACAAGCUAAAUCAGCCUUGAGGAAGCUCAGGAGAAAGGAAAAUGUCGACGUAGAGUUCAAAGACAUAGCUGCGGCUAUAGAACGUCAGAAGAGCGAGAAAGGUCGGUUCCAAGACCUUCUUAUGGUUCCAAGCAAUCGCAAAGCGUUUAUUAUAAUGGUGUGGCUGAACAGUUCCCAGCACAUGAGCAGUAUCAGCGUUAUGUUGAUGAACCUGCAUUCCAUACUAGAUGAAGCAGGGUCUUUUUAUUUUGCUGCUUCCACUGGAGCUAUCAUCUUCUCGGCAACCAUGUUUUGUGCUGCAAUGUCUGCGUCACUGGCCAUCGAUAAUUUUGGAAGGAAGGUUUUGCUGUGUGUCUCAGGAACCAUUGCCGGUUCAUGUUUGUUGGUUAUUGCGUUAUACUUCUCCUUCAAGAAUAACGGAGUAGAUGUCGUUAGAUUCAGCUGGGUGCCUCUACUCAUGGUUAUGCUUUAUGCUGCUUCGUUCAAAUUCGGGAUUGGUUUAGUGCCAGUGGUUCUUACAGCUGAGCUCUUUCCUGCCAAGUUGAAGGCUAUCGGGAUGACUCUAUCUGACUUGUUUUAUGUCGGCUUUUCUGUGAUAACUCUGCAGUUGUAUCAUGCUCUGAGACAUGCGUUCGGGAUCCAAGUGCCAUUUUAUAUUUUUGCUGCGUCUUGUUUUUGUACUGUGAUUUUCACAGUGUUCUACAUUCCAGAAACAAAGGGAAAAACAUUGGAGGAAAUCCAGAUGAUCCUCAAGGAAAUGAGAAUGGAGGAGCCGAAAGACAAAGGAGCAUACAAAAAUGAGGCCUUCAUUGCAUGA